CACACACUCACACACAGACACAGAUAUGACCAAGACAGCAGCCAUAGCAUCUAAGGACUUCUCCAGUAUGUGGUUGCCAGAUAUCAGGAUGUCAAAGCCAGGAGAGCUGGAGAAAGCGGGGGCUGACUCACCAUUGGAGGGCACAGAUUCUGAGCGGAACGGACCUGAAUCAAAUCACCAGUCAAUGAAAGUCAGUCCUUUCCCUCUGUCACCAAGCCUGAGCAGCAGCAAGAAUAAGAUGGAGGAGUGUGGUGAGAUGUCCCCGGCCCUUCCUCACUCUCACGGCCCGACCCCCUCACAGACGGCCCUGCAACACACACAGCUCAUGCUGACUGGCUCCCAACUAGCAGGGUUGACAGCUCUGUUGCCAGCGCAGCAGCAGUUGUUGCUGCAGCAGGCUCAGGCGCAGCUCCUGGCUGCAGCUGUGCAACAGUCCAAUGCAGCCCAUGCUGCUCAUGCUGCCCACGCGGCCGCCCAAGCCAAUCAGCAAGCUCAGGCAGCAGCAGCAGCAGUAGCAGCAGCGAAUCAGCAAGCCCAGCAGCAGCAGCAGCAACAGCAGGCAGGACACACGGGUCAGCAGGCUCAGUCGCAGGGACAGGGGCAGAGCACACAGGAACAGACUGCCCAAAGUGUCCCUGUCCCACCUCCUCCACCCCAGCUUACCCUGUCCCAGCCCAUCCAGCUCACCGCCCAGGACAUCCAGCAGCUGUUGCAGCUUCAACAGUUGGUGUUGGUGCCCGGUCACUCGCUCCCAUCUCCUGCUCAGUUCCUCCUCCCGCAGGCACAGCAGGCCCAGCAAGGACUCCUAUCGACACCAAAUCUUAUUACGCUACCUCAGCAAAACCAAGGAAGUCUGCUGUCUGCUCAGAAUAGAAUGGGACUCCAAGCACAGCGAGAUAAGAGCAUGGAUGUGAGCGGUGGUGGAGGCGUGACUACGAUGCCCUCAGUGACCCCUCAUCCCGAGGAGCCCAGUGACCUGGAGGAGCUUGAACAGUUCGCCCGCACUUUCAAACAGAGACGUAUCAAACUGGGCUUCACACAGGGAGAUGUAGGUUUGGCCAUGGGGAAGCUGUACGGCAACGACUUCAGCCAGACGACCAUCUCCCGCUUUGAGGCCCUGAACCUGAGCUUUAAGAACAUGUGCAAGCUGAAGCCGCUGCUGGAGAAGUGGCUCAAUGAUGCAGAGACCAUGUCCAUAGACAGCACCCUGCCCAGCCCCAGCUCCCUGUCCUCUUCCUCUUUGGGCUUCGAGGGGAUGCCUGGUCGUCGCAGAAAGAAGAGAACCAGCAUCGAGACGAAUGUACGUGUGGCCCUGGAGCGCGCAUUCAUGACGAACCAGAAGCCUACCUCAGAGGAGAUCCUGCUGAUCGCCGAGCAGCUCAACAUGGAGAAGGAGGUGAUCCGAGUCUGGUUCUGCAACCGCCGGCAGAAAGAGAAGCGCAUCAAUCCCAGCAGUGCCACCCCUCCCCUGCCCAGCCAGCCCCCCACUGCCCCACCAGCACACAAACAACCCUGCUACAGCCCUCACAUGAUGUCCAGCCAGCUGUCGCAGGCCGUGACCAGUCUUAGCAGCACAACGGUGACCACCAUGCCCUCCAUCUGCUCCCUGACCUCCAGCCUCACCUCCACCCAUCCCUCCAUCAGCUCAAGCCACCUCUCUCUCAGCUCUGCACCCUCCCCGGUGACUCCUCCUCCUCCUCCCCGCAGCACGGCCAGCCCAGCCACUCCCAGCCACAGCACACUCAGCCUGAACACAGGCUUAUGGCGUAUGGGUAAAAAGAACGGUGACGUGUCUAACUACAUCACCGAUUUUGCUGCAAACUUGAGGAACACUGUGAUGGGAGUUAACACAGGGAUGAACCAAGCCCUCCUCGGUAACAAUCCCCUGGCCACUAUCCAAGCCCUAGCAGCCAGUGGUGGUCAGCUGCCUCUUUCCAGUCUUGAGGGGGCCAGUAAGGUUUUGCUGGGGGCCUCUGGGGGCCAGGGAGGUGGCCUCCCCUCCUCCCUCUUCCUCAACCACCCUGCCUUCCUCCACAUGUCCCAGAACCCCGGUGCUGGACUGAUCAGCGCCGCUGUAGCCAAAGCCUCCCAGGCCUCCCCCUUCCCCUCCGCCAGCAGCAUCAGCCCCACCCCCUGCUCCCCGUCCCCCUGCUCCAGCCCCGCCUCUUCCUGCUCCUCCAGCGAAAUGGCACACAGCCCGCCCCCUCUGGGUGGCGGCAAGAUCGAGUGACCACACAAAGGGCCAAUCAGAGAGGAGGAGGACGGAGGAAACGGGAACCUCGCCUUUCACACCAAAGCUAUCUCUUUCUCUCUCUUGUGCUCUUCUUCCGUUAUUAUUUUCAUGAUGGCUCUCUCUCUCUCUCUCCUUCUCUCCCAGUCUUUCGAUGCCAAAAAUAUACAGAAUGAAAGAGGGGAGAGGGAGGGAAAGAUGUGAAAGAGGGCAGAAGGGAAGGGAAAGGGGAAGAUCGAAACCAAAAAUCUUUAUCUAUCAAAAACAGACGAAAAGGCGGCAACGUGGGACCUUUUUGUCAACGACGCGUGAUAUCAACAUGGCACCUCUCCACUCUUUCUCUCUAAAGGAAAACAAACCAAUGACUCUUCCACAAAAGAGAAGGAAGAGACGGCGGAGAUGCAUGUCGACGAAUAUAAACCAAAAAUGACGAAAGAUAACUUUAAUAUGUGACAAAGGAAUGGCGGCAAGGACAAAAAAAUGGAGAGGACUGUGCUUACAUUUUUCUUUUUCUUUUUUUCGUAUUAUUUCGAAAAGCUGCGGGUCUGAAGGAAGAGGAGUCGGGAGGACAAGUUUAAACCAAAAAUUUACCUGAGGAGGAGGCGGAGGAGGAAUACACAAUGACGAAAAAAAAGUCAACCAUACCAAAAUCCCAAAUACCAAAAAUACGGAGAGAAAAGCUUUAUUCAAAAAGGACAUGUAAAUACUGAAGCUAUCCAGGACCAGGACUCUACUGCUACUGCAACACACACACACACACACAUCAAGAGCCAAUCCAUCCUGUCAUUGACUCAUCCUGUUUGUGUCAGAUCAUGUGUCUCUCAUAGGUUUUCAUGCUAGAUUGUUUUGAACAAUUGUGUAACGUUCGAUUGCCAAUACUGCUGCAUCUUCAUGCGUUUAUAGUCUCUUUACCUACCUCUGGUUCUAAGAGCAUAGAGAAAGCUUUCCUCUUCUUUUUUUUAUUUCAAACAUCCCUGACGGACUCUUAUUAUCCAGUAUCCGUUUUUUACACUUUGAGAAGUACACAUGGGAUUUGUGUUUUUAAUAAUUUAUUAGUGCGAUUUUUCCUACUCUAUUUAUUGCUGCAGCUUUUUUUUUUGUGUUAGCUUUUGGGGUUAUGACUCAUCAUCGUCAUUGUCAUCAUCUUCAUGUUUGUGUCUACGACGUGCAUUUUGUUCCUACAUGUGGCGGAGAUGAUGGACGUGACAAGACGCUCGUCUCAGUCCUCACCAAGUGCCGGUAGAUCAAAAAAAAAGUCGGCACACACUUUGUAGUUUGAUUUCAAGGUGUGAAUGAAUUUAUUAAGACCUAAACAUGUGGCGUUCUGUGCUCUUAAUCAAACCACUCUUUCCUCACUCUUAAAGAUAACCCAUUAUCAGCGGGUCCAGGGCUAAAUGAACAUGCCCUAGGAACUUCGCACACCUUCGUUAAAGAGUGGUUGACCAUUUUGAAAGUAUGAAAUAGGGCUGUGAUUGAAGAUUCGAAGUAUCAGCCGUUAAGACUGCAGGCUAAAUAAGUCAAUAAAGCCAAGUUUAGUCACAGCUCUCCUUCCUGCCUCGUCUAUCAGUGUUAGACGCCGCACGCUACACCUGUCUGUCUAGACAUGUUUACUGAUGUGUGUCUGUUUCCAUCAUCACCCCAUCAAUCACAUUUCACUGUCAUUUUCCACCUCAGACUGCCAUUAAUUCUCAAAUGGAAACCAAAGCAUUCUCAAGGCUGCAGGGCUCAUCUUGAAGGAGCCCUGGCCCAGACAUACGAACACAAUAAAGACACAGAGGAAGGUGGGGUGGGGGCUGAGAACAGGACGUUAGCACCGGAGGCCCCCCUGCCUUCCAGGUGUAAUCCCCUCCACCUGGCCCGUCGUAAAAACCCAACGGGGGAAGCUUUAUUUAGGGAACUGAUCCUUUACUCUGAACCCCCGGAGACAAGGGUAUGCUGCGGGGCAGGCGACGAAGGGACAUGCUGUUGUGAGGGGGAAACAAUGUUUUGUAAGAGGAUACCAAAAAUAAACCCAAACCAAAAAAACACAAAAACAUUAAAAACCAACAACCCAAGGAAUGACAGAAGCAAACCAAAAAGAACCCUAACCAAAUGUGGCUGGAGGGAGGAGGGGAGGAGGACAAAGUGCCGGCUGUCUGUCUGUGUGUCUGUCUGUUAGCUUUAGGGCUGCAGCGUUCGCCCCCCCCCCCCACACUCUGAAACUGUGUAGCAUGGAUAGAGAGAUGAAAUAAGACGCACAGACAGACAGGAGAGCAGGAGAAGGACAGACAAUUCCUCCCCUCCUCUGCCUCUCUCCAGCCCAGCUCUCUGGUCCUGGAUGGAGCUAAACGCAAAUGACCUCACUGAACUGAAAUCUUCUAAAAAAAAAAAAAAAAAAAUCUGUUUUUAUUUUUCUGUUGGUUGGUUCCGAUUGUUUUAUCUCUGCUGUGUCUCUUGAUGCUGUUUUAUGUACUGUACUUUAGUGCUUAUUACUCAUUUGGAAUAACGUACUCGCUUACUUACUACAAGAGCUCCUUAUUUUUUUCGUAGUCGUGCUAGAGAUUUUUAUCAGGUGGUUGGAAAAAAUACUGUGAAAAUUUAGCUUCCAGAUUUUUAUUAGAUAAAGAAACGGACUGUCUCGACAGAAAAAAAAACAGA